AAGAACAUCCCAGAAAUGAAUUUGCAGAAUUUCAGUUUUGUUGAGCUAGAAAAAGCUACCAAUGGAUUCAAGGAACAAUUGGGAGCUGGUGCCUUUGGAGUUGUUUUUAAAGGUGUUGUUGAAUUGGUCAACAAUAAUAUAACUUCAAUAAUUGCUGUGAAAAAGUUGUACAAUAACAACAUGGUGAAAGAAGGUGAGCAAGAAUUCAAAGCAGAAGUCAUGUCUAUUGGUAGUACAAACCAUAAGAAUUUGGUAAAGCUUAUUGGUUUCUGCAACGAGGGACAACACCGGCUUCUUGUUUAUGAGUACAUGAGCAAUGGAUCCUUAGCAAACUUUCUUUUUGGACCCUCAAAGCCAAAAUGGCACCAAAGAAAGCAACUCGCUUUGGGGAUUGCAAGAGGACUAUUUUACUUGCAUGAAGAGUGCAGCACUCAAAUCAUACAUUGUGAUAUUAAGCCUCAAAACAUCCUCCUAGACCACUCAUUUACAGCAAGAAUUUCUGAUUUUGGAUUGGCCAAGAUUUUGAACACUGAUCAGACUCGAACUACAACUGGAAUAAGAGGAACCAAAGGAUAUGUUGCUCCUGAAUGGUUUAGAAACAUGGCUGUGACAGUCAAGGUGGAUGUUUACAGCUAUGGCAUUCUGUUGUUGGAGCUGAUAUGUUGCAGGAAGAAUGUUGAAGCAAAUGUUGAGGAUGAUGCUCAAAUAAUAUUGGCUGAUUGGGCAUGUGAUUGCUAUGAAUCUGGGAAAGUUGAGUGUCUUGUUGAGAAUGAUGAUGAAGCCAAGAUGGAGAUGAAAAUGGUUGAGAAGUAUGUGAUGGUUGCUUUGUGGUGCAUUCAAGAGGACCCUUCACUGAGACCAACUAUGAAGAAAGUUAUGCUUAUUAUUUAA